UGCACUUCUGAAAUAUGACAUCAUUUCUGAGCAAUUCUCUUGAAAUUAGGACCAGUUAUUUAGUAACAAGCUGCUUAGAGAAGCUGGACAACAUACAUAACAACACGGGUAUUUCCAGGACGGAUCAUGACCAACGUGCCUUCGUAUCCUUCAUUUCAAUCUGUAACAGCUCCAAUCGAUUUAAAGGCAUUGCUUCUGCGUGUAACCUACAGACCCCAUCGAGAGUCCCCGAUCCUGUAUCUAGUGUUUGAAUCCCGACGGCUGAAGGAAUGCAUCUCCCGGGGAGGUGGGUGCACCCCAUUUUACCAUUAGGACCCCAAAGGAUGUUGUGCACAUGCGCACUGGGGCAAUCUACCGGAGCGCGAGAGGUAGGGAAGGGAGUCCUAAUGGCGGAGAAUGUACGGUCGCCUUUUGACUACCGGGAGCCACCGACCCUCGACAGCGACGGGGAUGGAAGCAAACCGCCGCCGCCGAGGGGGCGAGUGUGUGGAAGAAAAAGGAAGGGAACACCUGUGAAGGUGUGUGACCGUGCGUACGUAACAGAAGAUGAGGAGGAGGAGAGCAUGUCGGAACACAGCUACAGCCCUGGUGAGGGCCAGUACCCAGAGGGUGCAGAAGAUCGCCUCCCCCCGCCUGGCAGUCCCUACUACUUGCCCGAUCCCACUCAGCUCUGUGUGCCAGAGUUGGGGGAGGAGGGAGCGAGUGGCGUCAGGGGACCUGUCCUCUUCCAUCCACCGCCCAACUGUCGGAUUAGAGAAGUCCACUGUGGGACCCAGGUGCGGUUGGUUGUCAUAGCAAUCCGAGACAUCGCCAAAGGGGAGGAGAUCACAGUGGACUACAGCCUAACUGACUGGGGGGAGAAUGCAAUGGAGGAAGAGGCCGGCCCCCACCCACUGUCCCUCUCUGUGUCUGAUUACCUUACCCCUUCGUGGUCAUUGUCACCCUCGUCCUCCCCACUCACCCACUCUGAGCCCAGCGACUCGGACCGCGAGGAGGACGAAGAGGAGGAAGAGGACGACGACGACGAUGAUGAUGAAGACGAGGAAAUUGAGGAAAUAAGGGGCCGGAUGCUUCGGCGGCGCAAGAAGCGCAAGCUGCCCGCCGAGGUGGAUUCGGAGAAGAAGAGCGCGCCCGCAUCCACCAGAGGCGCCGGGCACCCCUGCUCCUCGUUCUCGCAACCGGCGCCUGUCGCGGCCCACGCCAGGUCCCAGCCCCCGACCAGCGCCCUGGCCCCCCCGACCACCACCACCACCACCACCACCACCUCCACCACCACCACCAACAACAACAACAACAACAAUAUUAACAUGAACAUUGGGAGCUCCGGCGCCGCCGCAGUGAGCCGGCGGCAGCACUGCCCGUACUGCGACCGCCACUAUCGCUCCCUGGCGCGCCACCUGGAGAAGCACCACGCCAACCAGCCGGACGUCAGGACGGCCAUGGAGCUGGCGCAGCUGCACGCGCACGCCUCUUCAAAUGGCGGCGCCUCGCACCCUCACCCCUCGUCCUCGUCCUCGUCCACCGCCGCCACACACACUCACUCCUUUGCUGUCCCUCAGCCCUCGGCCUCCGGCGCCGCUCCCCCUCCUCCCCUCUUCUCCAGGGAGAGGGAAUCGCCGGCCACGCGCUCGGGCGCCGGCGGCGUCUCCUUCUCCCUCCCGCUUUCGCCGCCGGCCUCGGCUCAGCCGCCCGCCGCCAAGAAGGGAACCGGCCUACCGCUGCCCGGCUUAAAGCGCGCCGCGGCCCCGCCGGCGUCGCGGGUUAAGAGUCCGUCGCCACCUCCCACAUCCGCUCCCAGAAGGGGUCGGAAGAUGAAGAGGGAAAAGCACGAAGAGCAGCAAAAGGUGGAGGUGGAGAGCUCGAGGAGCCAGGAGGAGCUGGUGCCACCUCCUACUCCCGAACCAGACAUUGAUCCCAAUGAAGAUCUCGAGCUGAGCGGAGACGGAGAGGAAGACGCAUCAGAGGAGAAGAAUGGAGAGAUUGUAAGCCCACAGAGACAUCACAUGUCUCCAAUGCUCUCUUCCCUCUCGUGCUUGGUCCUCUACCUGCGGCGCCAGCAGCACUCCUCUUUCCUCUCUCUAACCCGUUCGCCUCACUCUGCCGAGUCCUGGCGCCUGCUCUGCCAUUCCAGCCUGUCCCUGCUCAUCCUCUACAACCGCCACAGGGAAUGCGAGGUGGCCAAGCUCACUGUCCAGGACUACCACAACCGCGUCACUCCUCCGGCCAUCUCCAUCGGCGGCGCCCCUGCCGGCAUGGAAGCCCUGCUGUCCCCCUUUGAGCGCCAGGUCCUCUGCAACCUCCCGAGGGCCAGUGUUUUGGGCAAGCGCGGUCGCAUCCAGCCGCUUAUUCUCCCGCCUCACUGUGAGUCCUGCCUGGACCUACUCCUUCAAACCAGCCCCAAUGUGGGCGUGGACCCAGAGAGCCCGUACGUCUUCUCCCGGCCCUACCACUCGCCCGCCACACCGCUCCGGGGCACGGACCUUCUGAGGAACCUGGCGCGGUCCAGCGGGGCCAAAAACCCCGGAGCUGUGACGGCGACGCGCGUACGCAGGCAGGUCGCGAUACUUACUCAACUGCUCCUAUUGGAUGAGGGUGAGGGCCAGCAUGGAGCCACCAAGCAGCUGGAGGACUUCCUGGAACGAGAGUACCAUGUGACACAGAACUGCUCCACCAUCAUACGGGACCCGGCACUGAUGGGUCGCGUGGGUCGCGUGGUCCUUUAUGGGGAGAAGGAGGGCGUGCUGUUCAGAGGCAUGAGCCUGCAGCACAUCUGCCUCGAGUUGGAUGUAAUGUCCGGCAACUCGGCCGAGUCCUUCUCGGAAGAAUCUGAGGCCGAGGAAGAAAAAGAGGACGUCAAAGAGAAAGCUGAGGUGACGGUGAAGAAGAAAGGACCGGGGCGACCGCCGCGGAAGAAGAGAGCCACCGUUCCCUCCUCGGUCUGCCCAUCGAUAGCCAAUGUUCAUAAGAGAAGAUGCAUUCCGCCCAAAUCAGGGAAGCGUGGCGUACUGAAGCGCCCCUGGUCCGAGGACGAGCGCGUGGCAGUGGAGACCAACCUAAAGAGGAACCUCAUGGAGCUGCGGGUGCCGGCGAAGGCCGACUGCGAGCGCUGCCUCGAACUCUGCCCCCUGCUGGUGAGCAACCAGCGGGACUGGAGGGCUAUCAAGUUUUACGUUCACAACCGCAUCCAGCUGCUGAAGAAGCAGGGGAGGCGGGAAAGCGCCGCCGCCGUGUGCUAGGUGGCGGCGGCGCGGGACAACUACCAUAUUGUAAAAAAACAAAAAAAACACCCCAACAGCAAUCGUAAUGAGCAAGCUGAGUGCAGCUCCUCUUUCUGAGUGCCGUCCCUGAAGUCCGGUGCAUGCAGUGUCUCAUCACCCCCGGUCAUAAGUGAGCUGUGUAGUAAUGAGUUGCUCCAGUUGAGACACGUGGGGCCCAGUAUCUGCGUUCUCUUAAACUGCUGGACAAGAUGUAGGCAAAGAUGUGAAUAUGCGUUCAAACAAUAUGCGUUUUUAUGUCAUCCUCAUUUCGUGAAGUAGUUGAUUGGGGAGAACAGCGGGAUGUAAAGGAGACAUGGAAGGAAUGCCCCUGCAUUUGGCUAAUGACCAAACAAUGUGUAAAGCUUUGGAAGAAGUAAACCAAUAGUUCUGAUUUUUUUUACAUCACCACAGAUAGACUAUGUAUGAACUUGUAUAGUUUGUGUUUGAUAUUGACUGACGUGCCCCCAACCUGCGGCGCCAAAAUCAACGUGCGUAUUAGAAAGUAUUCUUCAUAGUCGAGGACCAUAAUGCACCUACAAAGUGGUUCAUGCAUACCUCUUCUACCAUGGUCGUAGUCAGACUGUGUAUCAAGGCACACCUACUUGAAUUCAUUGUAUUAAAAAAAAUCAUUUCAAAAUUAAUUUAUGGUAUUAUCCAUAAUGUAAAUACUUCCUAAUCUAUGAAAAAUAUACACUAGUGAUUGCAUAGUAUUGUGUUAUGUGUACAUACUGUAAAUACUACCUGUACUUAUUAAAGUGUAUGACAUUU